AUGGGAGGUUCUUUCUUCAGCUGCCUAACUCUUUCCAACCGUGAAGCUACGUUCCACUAUUCCUCGUCUUCUUCCCAUAAAUUUUCACUGUUUUUGGCCAGAUCUAUAGCCACGUACAACCUCAUUGGGGCCUCCUUAAUCACAUCGUUCCUGAUGAGAUCAUCUUCCAGUGCAUCCACGAACAAAACCGACAACUGGACCCGAAUGGUGGCAUUCUCCCUUACUUCCUCAAGGAAAUUUAUGCUUCUCUUAAUUCUGUCACCUUCUUUAUUUCUGUACCCUUCUUUAUUUCUGUCCCCUUCUUCAAUUCUGUACCCUUCUCUUAAUUCUGCCCCCUUCUUUAUUUCUGUCCCCUUCUUUAAUUCUGUCCCCUUCUUUAUUUCUGUCACCUUCUUUAAUUCUGUCCCCUUCUUUAUUUCUGUCACCUUCUUUAAUUCUGUCCCCUUCUUUAUUUCUGUCCCCUUCUUUAAUUUUGUCUUCUUUAUAUCUGUCCCCUUCUUUAAUUCUGUCCCCUUCUUUAAUUUUUCCCUUUCUUUAUUUAUGUCCCCUUCUUUAAUUCUGUCCCCUUCUUUAUUUCUGUCCCCUUCUUCAAUUCUGUCCCCUUCUCUUAAUUCUGCCCCCUUCUUUAUUUCUGUCCCCUUCUUUAAUUCUGUCCCCUUCUUUAAUUCUGUCCCCUUCUUUAUUUCUGUCCCCUUCUUUAAUUUUGUCUUCUUCUUUAUAUCUGUCCCCUUCUUUAAUUCUGUCCCCUUCUUUAAUUUUGUCCCCUUCUUUAUUUCUGUCCCCUUCUUUAUUUCUGUACCCUUCUUUAUUUCUGUCCCCUUCUUUAAUUUUAUCUCCUUCUUUAAUUCUGUCCCCUUCUUUAAUUCUGUCCCUUUCUUUAUUUAUGACCCCUUCUUUAAUUCUGUCCCCUUCUUUAUUUCUGUCCCUUUCUUUAUUUCUGUCCCCUUCUUUAUUUCUACUUCUUUUUACUUUCACUUAGUUUGUAUUCUUCUUUUCAGGCUUCUUCUUCUUUUCGCAUUCUUCUUUUUUUUUGAAUUCUUUUACUUUCUCUUUGUUUGUAUCGCAUUCUUCUUUUCAGGCUUCUUUUUAGACUUCUUUUACUUUCUCUUUGUUUGUAUCGCAUUCUUCUUUUCAGGCUUCUUUUUAGACUUCUUUUACUUUCACUUAGCUUUUUUUUUAUCGCUUUCUUCUUUUUUGUAUCGCAUUCUUUUUUCAGACUUCUUUUUACUUUCUUUCUUUUUGUUUGUAUCGCAUUCUUCUUUUCAGGCUUCUUUUAGAGGCUUCUUUUACUUUCUCUUUACUUCUUUUUUCUUUCUUUUUUUUUUGUAUCGCAUUCUUCUUUUCAGGCUUCUUUUUUCUUUUACUUCUUUUACUUUCUUGAUUGUUUGUAUCGCAUUCUUCUUUUGUUUGUAUCAAGCUUUUUUUGACUUCUUUUACUCUCUUUUUUUUUGUUCUUCUUUUUUCUUUUUUAGCUUCUUUUUUGUAUCGCAUUCUUCUUUUCAGGCUUUUUUAGAAUUCUUUUUUACUUUCUUUUGUUUGUAUCGCAUUCUUCUUUUCAGGCUUCUUUUUAGACUUCUUUUUACUUUCACUUUGCUUUCUUUUACUUUGUUUGUUGUUUGUAUUCUUCUUUUCAGGCUUCUUUUUAGAAUUCUUUUACUUUCUCUUUGUUUGUAUCGCAUUCUUCUUUUCAGGCUUCUUUUUAGAAUUCUUUUACUUUCACUUAGUUUGUAUCGCAUUCUUUUUUCAGGCUUCUUUUUAGACUUCUUUUACUUUCUCUUUGUUUGUAUCGCAUUCUUCUUUUCAGGCUUCUUUUUAGAAUUCUUUUACUUUCUCUUUGUUUGUAUCGCAUUCUUCUUUUCAGGCUUCUUUUUAGAAUUCUUUUACUUUCUCUUUGUUUGUAUCGCAUUCUUCUUUUCAGGCUUCUUUUUAGAAUUCUUUUACUUUUUAAUCUUUUUACUUUUUUACUUUCUUUUAGUUUGUAUCGCAUUCUUCUUUUCAGGCUUCUUUUUAGACUUCUUUUACUUUCUCUUUGUUUGUAUCGCAUUCUUCUUUUCAGGCUUCUUUUUAGACUUCUUUUACUUUCACUUUACUUCUUUUACUUUCACUUUUUGUUUCUUCUUUUCAUUCUUCUUUUUUGACUCAGGCUUCUUUUUUCAGGCUUCUUUUUUAGAAUUUUUUACUUUCUCUUUGUUUGUAUCGCAUUCUUUUUUCAGGCUUCUUUUUAGACUUCUUUUACUUUCUCUUUGUUUGUAUCGCAUUCUUCUUUUCAGGCUUCUUUUUAGACUUCUUUACUUUCUCUUUCUUCUUUUUCAUUUCUUAGUUUGUAUCGCAUUCUUCUUUUCAGGCUUCUUUUUAGAAUUCUUUUACUUUCACUUUGUUUGUAUCGCAUUCUUCUUUUCAGGCUUCUUUUUAGAAUUCUUUUACUUUCUCUUUGUUUGUAUCGCAUUCUUCUUUUCAGGCUUCUUUUUAGAAUUCUUUUACUUUCUCUUUGUUUGUAUCGCAUUCUUCUUUUCAGGCUUCUUUUUAGACUUCUUUUACUUUCACUUAGUUUGUAUCGCAUUCUUCUUUUCAGGCUUCUUUUUAGAAUUCUUUUACUUUCUCUUUGUUUGUAUCGCAUUCUUCUUUUCAGGCUUCUUUUUAGACUUCUUUUACUUUCUCUUUGUUUGUAUCGCAUUCUUCUUUUCAGGCUUCUUUUUAGAAUUCUUUUACUUUCUCUUUGUUUGUAUCGCAUUCUUCUUUUCAGGCUUCUUUUUAGAAUUUUUUGCUUUCUUUGUUUUACUUUCUUCUUUUCAGUUUGUUUUAGGCAUUUACUUCUUUUUGGGCUUCUUUUUUUUUAGACUUUUACUUUCUCUUUACUUCUUUUACUUUCAUUUGUUUUUUUUCGCAUUCUUCUUUUCAGGCUUCUUUUUUCUUUUUUUCAGAAUUCUUUUUUUUUCUCUUUUAUUUUUUUUUAUCGCAUUCUUUUUUUUUGGCUUCUUUUUGACUUCUUUUAACUUUCAAUUUGUUUUUUUUUAUUCGUCAUUCUUCUUUUUUUUGUUUUAG